AAAAACCAUGGCUGGUGGUUCUCAAUUCAUUUGGAUUCCGCUCCUCUUCACCUGUGUACUCUGCACUUCUGAUCCCAGAGCUGGCCACAACAGGUUGGUCAGAACUGGGAAUCCCGACUUGGACGCAAUCCUUUCCAGGAUCCUUCUAUCCACUGACUUUCAAAACAGCCCUGUAAAUGUGACGUCAAUUGUCAUCAAAACUUGCACCGGUGUGAAAGAAACUUUGGAGGUGUUACAAAGGAAACUUCAGCAGGCGAAUCACCGUUACAACCAACUCGGUGACGAGGCCUUUGGGCUGAGGACAGAGGUCAUACAGCUGAAAGUGGAACUUGCUGCAUGCAUGUCAACAGCAUCGUCUACAUCUGGCACGUACCAACCCAAUCUGCAGCUCAAAAUGAAGCAGGUGCUGGAGAAGCUUGAUGGUGACACACUUCUCCUUUUUAAAAUAAUGACACUCACCAGGGAGGUGAGCACUUUGCAGGAGAAGACCAAGCUUGCUACUAAUUCUAACAGAACUGCAGACGAAAUCGCAGAGCUGCAGAAAGAGCUGGACAAGACGACGGCUGAACUCAGAGAUCAGAUACAGGAAGCUGAAGAAAGCCUUUCAAAUGCAACUCUCAUACUUCAGAUAAUCUCCCUGCAGAAUCAGCUCUGGGAUUUACAAGAGGCAGAAACAAGAGGGGGAAAACCAAACUCUGGGAGUUCAAUUGGCAUGACUCUGGUGAAAGAACAGCUCAACAGGAAGAUCGUUCUGCUGCAAGAAAAAGGAGAUGGCUACUCUGCUAAUUUGCUGGAGCUGAUUUAUGUGCGCACAAAGAUUGCAGAGUUGAAGAGGAUGAUCAUCAAUGCUAUUGAGAAAUCCAAAACCUUCGCCGCUGAUGCCAGGAAGCAAUGGAUGCAAAAGAUUGAUCUCCUCAGAAAGCUGAUUAUACAGCUGAAAGAUGACGAGAACAACAGGGAACUAACCUUGCAAAUUAUGAGAGUGCAGGCCGAGGUGCUACAUUUUGAACAGCUGAUGAGAAACGCCAAAAACAUCACUGAUUCCCAAAUUCAAGGGUUCCGCGUUUUGUUGGACAGAGAGAAGCAAAGGCAUGACGUUUUACAGAGGCAACUGGAAGCAGUGGAGUAUGUUAAGGCACAGCAGAUCGUGCAAGUCAUCAGCCUAAUAGAAGAAAUGAAAAAGCAGCACCUGACAGGCCAGCCCACCACUGUGCGUGGAGUUACAGAAAAAAAAUACAUCGAAGCUCAGGCCAAAAUAAGAGAGCUGCAGAGGAAACUGCGACUGAAGACUGAAUUAGAUUCCAAAUUUGUGAAAAGAUAUGAGCAGGUGAAGAUCGACUUUGACCGCAAGAUUGCUGAACUGAACAGAACCGAGGACUUCCAACCAGCUCUCAUUGUAAAGCUGAUGAGCCUGCAUGAUGAACUCAAGUCUUUGAAGGAUCAGAUCUCUCUCUCAGAAGACAAAGACUUGACCUCCGCGCUACGGAAACAACUGGAGAGAAAACAAGAAGAACUGAGCUCAGGAAUUGCAGACAUAGAACGUCUGACUUCUAGCCCAGGAGCAAUUUUAAAGAUCCUUGAACUGCAACAUGAGUUAUGGACCCUUCGGAACAAAGCCACCAAUGGAACCACAAGCGAUCGAGAAGAGGAGUUACAGGACAGACUUGACGGCUUCAUCGAUGAAAUCAACAACAGAGCCGGUGAAAACACAAAACUGAUUCUGAAAAUCAUCAGUCUGCAAAGUCAGCUGGAGCACCUGGAGACGCUGCUGUCACAAACCUACAAUUCAAACUCUCCAAGCAUGGUGAUCAUAAGGAACACUCUAACAGAUGAGCUUACAUUGAAGAGAGCCGAGCUACAGAAAUAUAUCAAUGAGCUGAAUAACAAGAAUCCGGCUAAUGCCAGAUUAAUUCUGGUUAUCGCUGAACUCUACAAACAUCUCAAAAGAAUUGAAAGAGAAAAUCGUGACGAUAACGCAGAAUCCUCUUUAACAUUAACUCUCCUUCAGAUGUUUCUUCAAAACAAAAACAGGGAAUAUGCUCUUAUGAAGGAUAAAUUCGCAGAGUUGGAGAGGCAACUGCUGUUAAAGACACAUGAGUGCUCUGGACUCGAACAACAACGAAACCAGCUGAAGACUGAAGUUGAAGAUAAGAUUGCAGAACUGAAAAAAACGAAAGACUUCAAAACUGCUCUGCUCCUGAAUGUGAUCAACAUGAAGGCUGAAGUGAGGGCUUUGAAGGAGCAGAUCUCAAACUCAAAAGAUCCAGAAAUCAUCUCACAGCUGCAGAUGCAACUGGAGAAGAAGCAAGAUGAACUGAUUACUAAGACUGCAGAAAUGGAGGACUUGCUUGCCAACCCGAGAGUGGUUUUACAAAUCGUUGAGCUCCAGAAUGAGAUAUGGGACCUGCAGAACAAGGAUGUGAAUGGGACAGCUGGUGACCGGAUAAAAGAUCUGCAGCAAAGCCUGAAUGACAAAAUCAAGGAGCUGCAGUCCAAAUCGAGCUCUGUUACUUCACUUGCUCUACAAAUUUCUACAUUAACUCAGCAAGUGGAGCAACUGAAAGCACAAAUGAACAACUCUGUGUCCAAAUCCAAGGUUGAUGAGCUCCAAAAAGCCAUAGAUGGAAAGAACGAGGAGCUGGACAAACUAACAAAAGAGCUGAAAGAGAGAAGUACUCAACCACAACGACUUCUGCAGAUUAUUGCACUGCAAACAGAAAUCGAGAAACUGGUCACUGUGGCUGAAAAUGAUACAGAUGACGAGAAGAUUAAAGAUCUGGAAGAUCAACUGGAGGCCAUCAGGAAUGAGAUACAACAAAAGACAGACCUGCUGGAUAGAAAAGAUAUAAAUAUUGCUAAUCUGUCUGCUCAGAUUAUGGAGCUUCACGAGCAAAUUAAGCCACUGGAAAAUAACAUAGCAGCCCUCAAAGAGGCUCAUACUAAGAGCCUUGCAGGAAACUAA